AUGGCAGGCUAUCGAUCAAGCUGCCUCGUACCAGUGUCGCAAAUGCCAGCGGGGAAAAUCUCAAAGGUACUCCCCACCAUAGAUGGCAUUCCUAGCCAUGACUCCUAUGAGGUGGUGGUAAGUUACCGCGUUGACAGCCCGUUUAAGCCGUGCCCUGAGAUUGAGCCGCUGCCGUUGUCCCCCCAUGCUGAUCUGCUGAGAAUUAUCAACAGCCCUGCAUACACAAAUGAGAGUGGCACCAAGUUCUUCCAGUCGCAGGAUGAUCCUACGUACGACAGAAUGCAGGAUGCGGACAGCCCAGUCAUGCAGACUCCCAAGAAAAGGGACUCCACACCAGAGUUUGGCCCAACAGCGUCUCCUAAGGUGCCUCCCGAUCUGGAUUUCAGCAAUUCAGCAUAUGAGAUGGCGGAGGAAGAAAUUCAAAACCUGGCUCUGCGUAGUAUUAUUGGCAAAAGGUCGGUGAAUGUCGACGUUUCCACGAUUGAGCAAAGGGUGAUGGCGAGGGUCCUGCAGGAUGCUGAGGCGCGGCAGGUUAUCGUGACCUUCGUGAGAGACCGCGACAAUUUCGAUGACGACGACCACGACGAAGUGGAUCACGAGUUCGAAUUGAUAAACAUGAGCGGUACUCGCGUUAUAAACCUGAACGACUCUAUGGGCCACGUUCUGGACCAUAUCGACGGCAAUCUGUUCGACGUGCCGUCCCCCAAGGCGCCGUUGAACGCUUCUCAGCCGAUUGAGACCGACAACAUAGAGUGGUUUAAUUCGACUAUGAGGUUCAAUAAAAUCAAGGAGUACAAAAAGCACACGAUAAUGUUCUCCGGCAGUGACAAUUAUUACCACGGGGCGAGCAGUUGCGUUAUGACCGACACAGAAUCCAACAAAAACAAGAUCACGCUAUUCAAGGAUUCACCGAAAAGAGAUGACCCCGAGGAAGUUCAGGACAUCGUCGAGCCUCCGGUUGAGAGCACGACGGCUGGAGACCAAACGCAUGCGGUGAACCCCUCUGCAGAACCGCAAUUUGAAUUUUUAAAGAAGAGGAACCGUGAAAAAUCGGGAUCUGACGAACCCCGAUCCUUGGAUGCAUCGAUAUCGGGCAAAUCACUGUCGCGGGAUUCUACCACCUCCAGCAUUUCAGAUAGCUCCGGAAAUCUAUCGCAUCGCCAACGGGUUAGAAGGUGUGUAGGAAAUGAUAGUGGCAACAUCGUGAUUGACGAGUACAAGAACCACCCUGAGUACGACGAGGAUUCGGACACGUCGCCAUUAAUGUUGAUGGCCGAUAUGCGCGCCGGUCUCAGCAGCACGUCAUUGGACCGGUCGCUUUCUCAUUCACGGCACGAAGGCUCAGGAUCUCUUCCGAAAGAUUAUUCAACAUCCAUAGGGGGAAUAUCUAGACGUGGUAGGUUGGCGGAAACCCGGCGCUCCUCGGAAUCGGCGGGCGGUGUGAAGCCGGUGCGGUCGAAGCACUGCGGCAACCGCGUAUUUGAUAAUGCAGCAAUGAAUAACAAAGACUGGUCAUCAGAAACUUGGGGAUCCUUCAUCAACGUGAUUCUUAGCCGCAAACGUACCCUUGGCCACGGGUCGUUUUCUACAGUGACAUUCGCAUUCCUAAGGCUGACGCCCUCGCUGGCGAUUAACGGAACGCGCGCGGGUUCCAGCGGCAGCGACGAAAACACAGCCAUCGCUCCAAAGGAGUCCAGCACUACAGCAUACAAGGACACUAAUCGCAAAAUGUUGGAGAAUGGAGAGGAAACAGUUAAUGGUCAAACUGCGACAAACUCGCGACGUGCGUCCAGCGAUGGAAAGUUGGGGAAUCACACCAUGAACAACACUGAAGGCGACGUUGUCGACCAAAUGUGCAACGUGGUCAGUGGGCAUUGCAGCAGUUGCGCCAAUGUGCGCGCGGUAGACUGUGCGGUGAAAUCGAUCAAAGACGCUUUUCCCCAUGCUCGUUUCCAGUAUAUUCGGGAAAAGGAAAUGAUGUUGCAUUUCAACGCUAACGUGUUGAAGCCUCUGGCGUGUCGUACUCACAACACGGAUGGACACAGGACCUACCAGUUAUUGAUGCCUAAGGCGCAGGGAGACUUGCUCGACAUGCUCAAGCGCCUGGUGAAGCAUCGUACCAACAGCUGUACAACUCAAGUGUACAUUGCUAGCCAGUCCACUGGCAAGCAGGAGAGGAAGAUAAUCGGGCUCACCGAAACUGAGGUGAAGUUCCUCUUCUACCAGCUGUUGUCGGGGCUGGCGUUCAUCCAAAUGUGCUUCCAAGGCAACAUCCACAGACAUUCUGACAUCAAGCUUCAGAAUAUCCUGGUGUUGUGCCGCGACGAGGACAAACUUAACCCCAUGCGAUGGCGUUUGUGUCUUGCAGACUUUGGAUGUUCCAUCAUGCUUCACCCCACGCAACACCUGGAAGGAGCAGGGUUAUUCCGAUCCUUGCAAGACACUAUGUCCAAGGAGUGGCGCUCCCAUAUAUGUAACCAGCUGACGUCUUUUGUACGGGGAACUGUGCGCAGCAACGCUCCGGAGGCGCUCUCGUACGACCGAAACGGGAAGCCGCGUAGCAAUCACAACGACCGCCUUCUGGCAGCUUAUAAGCGGAGAAAGCUACGCGUGUCGUCUAUGAACAAAGAUCAGCUCCCGAUGCCCCGCGUGUGGGUCCAAGGUAGCGUGAGCGAAGAAGUGACACGUCUACCCCCGAGGAGUGCCACCCGUGUCUCGGGCGCACGGGAAAACGACACUGCAGAAUACUACACCGUCGACAUGCACGCUGAUAUGUGGUCCGCAGGGAUAGUGCUGGCUGAACUGGCUAAGUUCGGCGGCCCGAAUCCUUGUAGCGAGGAUAGCCGUAGCCCUAACGACCCGUCUAAGGGCAAGGCUGAUUCCUUGCCCGUUGAGUACAUCAAUCAUAGACUUAAUGGUACUCUUGGACGCGGCAUAUUCUGCAGGAACAACGCCGUCGUAAAACUUAAAAUGCAGUUGGAUGCCGCACGCGAAAAGGGUGGCCCAAAGGCCUCGCUUAUGGUGGGGGCGAAAGACAAGGCGCAGCAGCACAGCAACCAAGCUGCUCUCACCGACGAAAACCUUAACUUGGCGCUUGCGACCGAUAUCGCCGCCAAGUGUGACCAGGAGAUCGUCAUGCGCGUGCGGAAGCUAAAGAGGGAGUAUUGCUGGUGGGAGUAUCCAAAGUUCUCAAGUGGUUUCUGGAGCCUUCUAGUAAACCUCCUAUCGUAUGACCCAGGAGAGCGUUACAUUGCGGCGGAAGCGCUUGGUCACGCGUGGUUCGAAUCAUCAGAUGGUGACUCACGACCCAUCUUCGACGACAUCGACGCUCUCAUGGCCGAGGAACAUCAACAUCUUCCUAUGGAGCACUUUUAUUACAUCGGUUCAUCUCUGUCGCUGCACAGCAGCUAUAGGAAGGGGCAGUGUAAUAAUGAAUCAUCUGCUUUCACCGUAAAGCGUGAGGCGCUCAUGCACGUCGGCAACAGCGAUGUUGCUCUGGAAAGCAUAGGGGAGUACGGCAAGGCAGGACGCACUUCUCAUGCCUGGUUCGCAGGCCCACUUCAUUUCCGCUUACGUGAAUUGCACGAGCCCGGCGUGAAUUUGCCCGAUUACGUGGCCCAGAUCUGCCAGAGGGAGACGAUAGUGCUCGAGUCACGCGAGAAGGAUCUGUUCGGCGCACACGGGUUCGUGCUCGCGCAGCUGCUGGCACUGAGGCGGCGCUACAUGUUCUCGUGGAGCGAGAUGAUGUCGGCUCGGGCGGUCCACUUGCUGGGCAAGAGCCUGAUGCUGCGUGACCACGCCCAGCGUUAG